ACGAACGCACCCGAACGCCACCGUCUACAAUUGCUACAUGGACCGCCGCGCAUUUUCGUUAAAAACAUACACAAGUGCGUGCUAGCUGAAAAUCGAGUUAAGCUGAAAGAAUUCGUUUCGUUUUACUAAACUGUCGAGUGUGCAAGGAAAACAUUUUGUUUUCGUGUGAUUUUAAAGCAUUUAUUUAUCUGUAGCAGAGUGCAUUUUAGCGGUCGCCACCAAAAAAAAAACCCACAAGUCGACUCAUAAUUCCGUCAGUGCGCGAGUGGUACAAAUGCAACACUGUGAAUAGUGAAAAUAUACAAGGCGUUAAUUAAUUAAACAAUAUUGUGCGUACUUCUAAAGGGAAAUUGGCGCGAGAAACAGAAGUGCAACUUGUGAACGCAAUAUCAUUUGCACGCUGCAAGUUGCAAGUACACCUGGACACCCGUAAAAGAGCUGCCUGAUAUGAGAGCGAGCACAAAAUGCUGCUGAAAAAGAAACGCUAUAUGUACGAAGAGCGGGACGGCGCUAUUGACGCGCUCGUCGUCGAGCCAAGCAGCAACAACAACAAAAUGGCCGAUACACGCGAAGUGCGCAUUGAAGAGCAAUUAAAAGUGAAAAUUGGCGAGGCAAAGAAUCUGAGCAGUCGCAAUGCGGCCAACACAAGCUGCAGCACACAGGGCACACGGGAUGUCUAUUGCACAAUUGCCCUCGAUCAGGAGGAGAUAUGCCGCACACCUACCAUCGAGCGUACACUGGCCCCGUUCUAUGGGGAGGAGCAUCAGUUUAAGAUUCCCCGCCGCUUCCGCCACCUGUCCAUCUAUGUGUGGGAUCGGGACAUGAAGCAGGACAAGCCGAUCGGCAAGAUUGCGAUAAAGCGCGAGGAGUUGCACAUGUACAAUCACAAGGACCAUUGGUUCACGCUGCGGCCCGUCGACGCGGACUCAGAGGUGCAGGGCAUGGCCAACAUUGAGGUGGCCUUCGAGGAGCAUCCACAACUGCUGCUGACCGAGAGCAUAUCGGAGGUGGCACAGAACACACACGCGUCCAACCACCACCAUCACCACACACACACAAACAGUCGGCAUCAGCAUCAGCAGCAGCAGCGCGCCCACCAAAACGACUACAAGGAGAACAGCGAAUUGAGCAACAUCCAGAGAGCGGCAGCAGCUGGAUCGGGGGGCGGACACUCGGCCGGCAUGACACUCAAGAGUCGUGCAGCGGGCCUCUUCGGACACGUGCACCAUCCCCAGCAGCACCAACAGCAGCAGCAGCUGCAGGCACAGGCCCAGCAGGUGUCCAGCACCAACUCCUCCACAGACCAGUUGGCCAACUGGAAGAAUGCGCACGCGAGAAACGUCCGUGUGGCGAUCCGAGUGCCCGCCUGCGUGGAUUUGGCCAAGAAGCAGGGCACCUGCGACCCUUUCGUCAUCUGCACCGCCCACUACAGCAACAAGCAUCAGAUCACGCGGCGGACAAAGCAGCGCAAGAAAACCGUCGAUCCCGAAUUCGACGAGGUGAUGUACUUUGAUCUCUACAUCGAUGCGGAGGCUGGCGGCAACACGGCCACCACGGGCAGCAACAAAUCUUCCGGCUCACUGGAAUCAUCGGCGAACAAGGCGUAUGCCAUCUAUCCCUUGGGUGGAGCCGAUCUCGUGGAGAUUGUGGUCAGCCUGUGGCACGAUGCACACGGUGCGAUGGCCGACAAGGUGUUCCUUGGCGAGGUGCGACUCCCCAUGCUGAACAAGCAGGAGCAGGCGGCGGUGCAAGCGACAGCCUGGUACUACCUGCAGCCCCGCUCCCUGUCCAACAGCAGUCGCUCGUUAAAUACGACGCCACGCUCCUGUGCCACGCCGCCCGGCACGAGACUGAGUGUGGACUCGACCAUUGGCUCGCUGCGUCUGAAUCUGAACUACACCGCCGAUCAUGUAUUCCCGCUGGCCACCUACGACGAUUUGCUGAAUCUGCUGCUCGAGUCGGUGGACCAGCGGCCGAUCACCGUCUCCGCUGUGUCCAUUUUGGGCGAGCUGGUCUCCGGCAAGACGGAGGUGGCCCAGCCCCUGGUACGGCUCUUCACGCACACCGAACGCAUUGCGCCGAUCAUCAAGGCCCUGGCUGAUCACGAAAUAUCGAAUCUGACCGAUCCCACCACCAUCUUCCGUGGCAACACGCUCGUCUCCAAGAUGAUGGACGAGGCCAUGCGGCUGUCGGGGCUGCACUAUCUGCAUCAGACACUGCGGCCCGUCCUCUCCCAAAUCGUGGCCGAGAAGAAGCCCUGCGAGAUCGAUCCCAGCAAGGUGAAGGAUCGCUCGGCCGUCGACACCAAUCUGCACAAUCUGAAAGACUAUGUGGAGCGUGUGUUCCAGGCGAUCACCAAGAGUGCCGAUCGCUGUCCCAAGGUGCUAUGCCAGAUCUUUCACGAUCUGCGGGAGUGUGCGGGCAAGCACUUUCCCAGUAAUCGCGAGGUGCGCUACUCCGUUGUAUCCGGCUUCAUUUUCCUUCGAUUCUUUGCUCCGGCCAUACUGGGACCCAAACUCUUUGAUUUAACCACCGAACGACUGGAUCCCCAAACGAAUCGCACGCUGACGCUCAUCUCCAAGACGAUACAAUCGCUGGGGAAUCUCGUCAGUUCGCGAUCGUCGCAGCAGCCAUGCAAGGAAGAGUACACCGGGGAGCUGUAUAAGAAGUUCUGCACGGAGCAGCAUGUGGAUGCCGUCAAGCACUUCCUGGAAGUGAUCUCAACGCCCAGCCAGACGGCCAGCAGCAGCGGCAUCCACCCGGCGGCGUCGGCAGCACCACUCGAACCAGUAUUACUAAAAGAGGGCGAGGGCAUGAUGACCAAAUAUCCAACCAGUAGCAAACGCUGGUCGGUGGUACGGCAGUCCACGCAACGCUACUUUCGCCUGACCACGCACACGCUCAGCUAUGCCAAGUCGAAGGGCAAAACACCCAUCUGUGAUAUACCGCUCCAGGAGAUCGGCAGCGUUGAGCAAUUGAAAGACAAAAGCUUCAAGAUGCAAAACUGCUUUAAGAUCGUGCACAAAGACCGCUCGCUUAUCGUACAAACGACAAAUUGCGUGGAGGAGCGCGAGUGGUUCGACCUGCUGCACAAGAUCUGCCUGAUGAACUCCAUCCGCAUGCAGUACUUCCACCCGUCUGCCUUCGUCAGCGGCUUCUACAGCUGCUGCGGGCGCUCCGACGAGAACACGCCGGGCUGCAAGAACGUUUCGGACAAGGAGAUGGACUACUUUCAGAUGGAUCUGGUCACCGCGUUGGAUCCGCCCCUCGACCUGCAGCGCAUACACACGCUCAUCAUGUCCAACAUGAGUAUGCUGGACUCGCUGCUGGAUCCUCUGACCUACCACCAGCACCUGCCGCAACAGCAGCUACCGCAGCACAAUCCCCUCGUGCCGCUGGCCACGACCCUGCAGCAGCAAUCGCCUCAGGCCUUUGCCGAGUUCAAGCGCACCAUCGAGAAGCUGCGCGAGAAGGCCUACGCCAUCGACAGGGACCACCGCGACUACAAGCAGGGCAUAACGAGGCAGCUAAAGUACGGCAGCAGACAGGCACCGAUCGGCGACGACAACUACUGGCACAUGAUGCGAGCAGCCGGCCAGUUAAAUCAGCAACACCUCCAGCAGCAGCAGCACCACCUACAGCCACAGUUCCAGCCCGUGCUGCCACAGAUGCAGAAUGUGCGGGCCUAUCCCUACCAGACAUCAACCACCAGCAACAGCAACAUGAACGCCUACUAUCUGCACAACCUCCAGCACCAGCAGGAGCGCCUGCAGUUCCAUCACCAGCAGCAACAGCUCCAACAGCAACAGCAGCAGCUCCAGCCACAGUUCCAGCCGCUGCGCAGCCACCAGUUGCAGCGCCACAAUAAUAAUAACAACAACAACAACUGCGGCAAUGCGUCAUCCUCGAGUCCCUCAUCGACGGCAUCGAGUGUGGUGGCCGCGCCCAGCACCCUGUCGGCGCAGGCGGCGAAUGUUCUACAUAAGCCGACCCCAACGAUCUAUUAGCGUUCAAACCCAUGCGUAUUCGCCCUGCCCCGAGCUAUCAUCCUGACACGAUGAGGAAUACGCAUUGUCGUAGACACCGACACAGACACAUAGGCAGAUGCUAGCGUGCUGCUGCACACAAAAACAGUUUUAUGUGCUAAUUUAAAGGAUUUUUUUUUAUAUAAUUUUUACGAGUGAAACAUGUAAAAGUCUAGACUUAGGUUUUUUAAUUAACAGAUUUUUAUACACAAGAUUUUUACGGAAUCCGCUCCCCUCCCCCAGCAAACACCAGCAGCAAGCCAACCCUAACCCAAAACAGAAAGCGAAAUCUAAAUAUAUUUAAGCCUAUUUAUUUUUGUAAUGUGCUAACAUUAUUUAUACACAAACAAAAGCACACACAAAUGUGGAAGGAGCCCACAGUAAAGGAAGAGAACAACUGAAAACUGAUAACUAUUUAAGUUUAAGCUACUAAAACCCGAAACCCGAAAAUUGCUAAGAAUUUUAAACCCCUAAGCCCUAAGCUGAAUAUACGAAAUAUUAUAUAAAAUACGCAUAGAGGAUAUGUACACAUCCAUACAGAAAUAACACAAGUAGCGAAAUGAAACGUUGUAUAUAGCCCAUACAUAUAUGUAUAUCUCUCUAUACUGUACGAUUUAUUAAUAAUAAUAUUAACUACUGUAACUACAAUUGUGUGUUAGGCGUAGCGAAAAUUUCUAAAACUAGACCCUAAAAAAAAAGGAAAACUAAAAGUAAGAGAGAGGAUUGCAAGAAGCAAAUAAUUCUAACAAAAUGUGAACGCUAUAUACAAAA